GUUUUGACACAUGGAAAUUUUCACUGACACAGUAAGUAGUCAUUGUAACCAGUCUGUCAGGACAUAAGCACAUGACAUGUGAAAUAAAAAUUUUGGGCCGGGUGCGGUGGCUCACACCUAUAAUCCCAGCACUUUGGGAGGCCGAAGUGGGUGGAUCAUAAGGUCAAGACAUCGAGACCAUCCUGGUCAACAUGGUGAAACCCUGUCUCUACUAAAAAUACAAAAAUUAGACGGGCAUGGUGGUGCGAGCCUGUAGUCCCAGCUACUCGGGAGGCUGAGGCAGGAGAAUUGCUUGAACCCAGGAGGCAGAGGUUGCGGUAAGCCGAGAUCGUGCCAAGAUCGUGUAGAUUACAUUACAGCCUGGGUAACAAGAGUGAAACUCCGACUCAAAAAAAAAAUUUUUGACUAGUAUACUGGUUUAUAUAUUUCUCACAAUUUCUUCUAGAUACUUUGGAUGGUACCACCACUCCUGAAUGGCUUUUUUUCUCUGUAGGUAAACUAUCUUCACUGAGCUGUCUUUUGUUAAUUUAUAGACCUCUGGGAUUCAUGUGGUCUCUGAACGAUUGAUGUCUCUGAAUUUAUUAACAGAGCCAAAAAGAAAAAAAAAAGAUUGCUCACAUGUUAACUUCUUUCCAGAGGUCUUAAUUUCAUGCAGUAUUUUGUUAUAUUUUGAGUUGAUCAGCUUACAAAAAUGUAUUAAUCAUUUCCUUAUUCUGGAAAAUUUUGAAAUAUUUUCACACUGAAAAUGCUUUGAAUGCUGUCUAACAUUCACAUUUCUUCUGGUACUUACACAGAGUAGGCACAGCAUACCAUUUCAUUUUUUAUUUUCUUUUUUCAUAGAGGCUGCCAUCUUUUUACCAUCAGAUCCAAGUUUGUGUUUUCAAUUAGUCAUUAAAUAAUUGGCAUUACUCUGAUAACUUAAAUCUUCUAUCUCCUAUUUUUUAUUUUUAAGUAAUUAUAGGUCCACAGGUUCAGGGAAGUCCUGUUCACCCUUCAUCUAGCCUCCUCUGAUGGUAACAACUUGCAUAACCAUAGUACAGUAUCAAAAACAAGGAAAUAAGUAGGCAUUCAGACAAUCCAGAGAGUUUAUUUGGAUUUCCUGGGUUUACAAGCACUUGUCUGUGUGUAUGUGUAUAAAUAGUUGUGUGCAGUUUUAUUACAAGGUAGUUUCAUGCCACCGCCACCACAAUCAAGAUAUGGAACUGUUUUAUAGUCAUAUACUCCCUUUCUCUAGCUAUUCUUAACCACUGGCAAUCACUAAUCUGUUCUCUAUUUUGUAAUUUUGAUAUUCCAAGAAUGUUGUAUAAGUGGCAUAAUACAGUAUGUAACCUUUAGAGACUGGCUUUAUUCACUAAGUGUAAUUCCCUCAAGAUCAGUCCAUGUUGUUAUGUAUCAGUAAUUUGUUCCUUUUUAUUGCAGAAUAGUACUGCAUUGUAUGGAUAUACCCCAGUUUGUUUAACCAUUUAUUGGUUAAAGGACAUUUGUGUUGUUUCCAGUGUUUGGCUAUUAUGAAUGGAACUAUGGAAAUAUGUGUGCAGGUUUUUGCAUGAAUAUAAUUUUCAUUUUAUUGGGAUGAAACCCCAAGAGUACAGUUGCUAAGUUCUAUAGUAAGUGUGUGUUUUGCUUUUAAAAGAAACUGCCAAAGUGUUUUCUAGAGUAUCUUUUAAGUUCCCACCAGCAAUGUAUGAGUGAUCCAGUUCAUCCUCAUCAGCAUUUGGUCUUGCUACUUUUUAUUAUUUAUUUAUUUAAAGACAGAGUCUUGCUUUGUCGCCCAGGCUGGAGUGCAGUGGCAUGAUCUCAGCUCACUGCAACCUCUGCCUCCUGGGUACAAGUGAUUCUCCGGCCUCAGCCUCUUGAGUAGCUGGGAUUACAUGCCAAUUUUUGUAUUUUUAGUGGAGACGGGGUUUCACCAUGUUGGUCAGGCUGGUCUUGAACUCCUGACCUCAAGCAGUCCACCCACCUCAGCCUCCCAAAGUGCUGGGGUUACAGGCGUGAGCCACUGCACCUGGCCUUUAAUUUUAUUAAUAGCCAUUAAUAUAGAUAUAUAGUGGUAUCUCAUUGUUAACUAUAAUUUGCAUUUCCUUAAUGGCUUAUGAUGUUGAACAUCUUUUCAUGUGCUUAUUAAUUAUCUAUUAAUAUAUAUUCUCCUCUGAAACACUUGUUGAUAUCUUUUCUAAUUGGAGUGUGUGUGUGUGUGUGUGUGUGUACAUUUUUUCUUUUUUGAGACAGUGUCACUCUGUCACCCAGGCUAAAGUGCAGUGGCAUGAUCUUGGCUCACUGCAACUUCUGCCUCCCAAGUGAUUCUCCUGGCUCAGCCUUCAGAGUAGCUGGGACUACAGGCGUGCACCACCACAACUGGCUAAUUUUUGUAUUUUUAGUAGGGAUGGGUUUUACCUUAUUGACCAGGCUGGUCUCAAACUCCUGGCCUGAAGUGAUCUCCUGACCUGAGCCUCCCAAAGUGCUGGGAUUAUAUGUGUAAGCCACCAUGCCCAGCUGGAUUGCUAAUAUUUUUAAUGUUGUAUUUCGGAAGUUCUUUUUGUAUUCUAGAUACAAGUCUUUUAUUGAAUAUGUGGCUUGUAAAUAUUUUCAUCCUCUUAACAGGGCAUUUCACAGAGCAAAAAUUUUUUAUUUUGAUGAGAUCCCACUUACCCAUUUUUUUUUUUUUUUUUUUUUUUUAAUGAACGGUGCUUUUGGUGUCAAAUAUAAGAACUCUUUGCGAGAAAAUCUACCCAGGCUGCCUUAGCACGAUGUACCGAGCACUCCGGCUCCUCGCGCGCUCGCGUCGCCUCUCACGGGCUCCUGCCUCAGCCCCAGCGUCGGCUUCCGGCUUGGGUGGCGUGGCCGUGCCCUCGUUUUGGCCCCCGAACGCGGCUCGAAUGGCAAGCCAGAAUUCCUUCCGGGUAGAAUAUGAUACGUUUGGUGAGCUAAAAGUGCCAAAUGAUAAGUACUAUGGUGCCCAGACCGUGAGAUCUACGAUGAACUUUAAGAUCGGAGGUGUGACAGAACGCAUGCCAACCCCAGUUAUUAAAGCUUUUGGCAUCUUGAAGCGAGCGGCUGCUGAAGUAAACCAGGAUUAUGGUCUUGAUCCAAAGAUUGCCAAUGCAAUAAUGAAGGCAGCAGAUGAGGUAGCUGAAGGUAAAUUAAAUGAUCAUUUUCCUCUCGUGGUAUGGCAGACUGGAUCAGGAACUCAGACAAAUAUGAAUGUAAAUGAAGUCAUUAGCAAUAGAGCAAUUGAAAUGUUAGGAGGUGAACUUGGCAGCAAGACACCUGUGCAUCCCAAUGAUCAUGUUAAUAAAAGCCAGAGCUCAAAUGAUACUUUUCCCACAGCAAUGCACAUUGCUGCUGCAACAGAAGUUCAUGAAGUACUGUUACCAGGACUACAGAAACUGCAUGCUCUUGAUGCCAAAUCCAAAGAGUUUGCACAGAUCAUUAAAAUUGGGCGCACUCACACUCAGGACGCUGUUCCACUGACUCUUGGGCAGGAAUUUAGUGGUUAUGUUCAACAAGUGAAAUAUGCAACGUCAAGAAUAAAAGCUGCCAUGCCAAGAAUCUAUGAGCUCGCAGCUGGAGGCACUGCUGUUGGUACAGGUUUAAAUACUAGAAUUGGCUUUGCAGAAAAGGUUGCUGCAAAAGUGGCUGCACUUACGGGCUUGCCUUUUGUCACUGCUCCAAAUAAAUUUGAAGCUCUGGCUGCUCAUGACGCUCUGGUUGAGCUCAGUGGAGCCAUGAACACUACUGCCUGCAGUCUGAUGAAGAUAGCAAAUGAUAUUCGUUUUCUGGGUUCUGGUCCUCAGUCAGGUCUGGGAGAACUGAUCUUGCCUGAAAAUGAACCAGGAAGCAGUAUCAUGCCAGGCAAGGUGAACCCUACUCAGUGUGAAGCAAUGACCAUGGUUGCAGCCCAAGUCAUGGGGAAUCACGUUGCUGUAACUGUCGGAGGCAGCAAUGGACAUUUUGAGUUGAAUGUUUUCAAGCCAAUGAUGAUUAAAAAUGUGUUACACUCAGCCCGGCUGCUGGGGGAUGCUUCAGUUUCCUUUACAGAAAACUGUGUGGUGGGAAUCCAGGCCAAUACAGAAAGGAUCAACAAGCUGAUGAAUGAGUCUCUAAUGUUGGUGACAGCUCUCAAUCCUCACAUAGGUUAUGACAAGGCAGCAAAGAUUGCUAAGACAGCACACAAAAAUGGAUCCACCUUAAAGGAAACCGCUAUUGAACUUGGCUAUCUCACAGCAGAGCAGUUUGACGAAUGGGUAAAACCUAAGGACAUGCUGGGUCCAAAGUGAUUUAAAUAAAUUUAUAAUGAAAAUAAACAUGUAUAAAAUUUAAAAAAAAAAAAAA